GAAGAACCAACAGAUCAGAGUGUAACUCAACACCGUCAGAGCCUCGGGAAAGACAAGCUGGCAGCUACACAAGAAAGAUAUAUUCUGUUCAACCAGUGGAGUAAACCAUCAUCUGUGCAUGCUAAAACCACAUCCAGUCAGAUGACAGGUUGCAUUGCACAUACAUACAAAAAGCAGACAUUAAGUUUUUGACCUCAUGUCAGAGCUUCCUGAGUGCUGCAUCUGUCUGGAUAAGUUCACCAACCCCACUUCCCUCCCUUGUGGACACAGCUUCUGCCUUGCCUGUAUAGGAGAAUACUGGAGGAUCAAUGGGGCCUGCCAAUGCCCCCUCUGCAAGGUCUUCUUCCCCACCAGGCCGCAACUCAAAACAAACCAAAGUCAACAUACUGGUGCUCCAACUGAGGCAGAAACUGUGGCUUUAAGAGCCAGAGAGGUUCCCUGUGAUAUCUGUCCACAAAAGCAUCGAGCAGUCAAGUCCUGCCUGGUGUGCCUGGUCUCGUAUUGUGAUACUCAUCUAGAGCCACAUUACAAGAACGAAGACCUUGGGCGCCAUCUACUGAUCAGUGUGGUGAAGAACCUGGAGGACUCAGUGUGCAGACUGCAUGGAAAGCAAUUAGACAGGUUCUGCAGGAGCGAUCGAACAUGCAUUUGUGCCAUGUGUGCACAGACAGAACACAGGGGCCAUCACAUUAUUUCUGUCAACAAGGAAGCUGCAAAGAAGAAGGUUAAACUAAAAAGGAUUAGAGUGAAAAUUCAGCAAGCCGUUCAGGAGAGACUGAGUAAAGUUGAGAAAUUCAAGCGCCCUGUAAACAUAAGUGGACAAAAUCAGAAAGAAGCAUGGGUGCAAAACAAAGAGCUCAUCAAACAGCUAGAAGAGGAAAUCUCUGAGCUACAGAGGAGAAACACCGAGCUGGAGCAGCUCUCACAGAACGAAGACAACCUCCACUUCCUACAGAUGUUUCUAAACACUGAUUCAUAUUAAUGGCUGGAUGAACAAGAUGACGAUUCAACUUCAAGAGCACUGGAGCCAUUUUUAAUU